AUGCUGAACAUCUGUGAGAAAAUGAUGAAACUGGUUGUUGUUGCUGCUCUAGCUAGUUUAAUUGCUGUUACAUCAGCAGGCUAUGGUGGUAUGGGUAUGUUAGGAGCUGGUAUGUUGAUGAACCCAAUGAUGUAUGGUGGUAUGAUGAACCCUAUGUUAAGUAUGUAUGGAAUGGGUAUGAUGAAUCCUUAUAUGAUGGGCAUGUAUGGAAUGUACCCAGGCAUGUACGGAGGAUUUGGUAUGGGUGGCCUAGGAAUGAUGGGCGGUCUUGGAAUGAUGGCUGGCAUGACUCCUUAUGGUGCAAUGGGAGGAUUCGCAGGUUUAGGACCAAUUGGUGCCACAGGAAACACCGCAAAUAGUAACCGACCUGUCACAUGGAGCCUAAUCAGCUCCCUUCGUCGCUGUUUAUUUAGCCAACAAGUGAGCGCCUUACACAGGAAUGUGAUGACACUUUACGUAACUAUAAAAGGCUGGCGAAACGAUAAGAUGAUAAACGUGGUAGUUAUUGCUCUAGCUUGUCUUGUUGCCGCCUCACAGGCUGGUUUGUAUGGUGGAGGAAUCGGUUUGAACCCGUUUAUUGGAUACCCUGUAGGACUUGGUACAUUCAGUCCGUUUUUUGGUGGGAUUAAUCCAUAUUUUGGUGGAAUUAGUCCACAUAUUGGUGGAAUAAGUCCGUUUUAUGGCGGAUUAAGUAAAUUUGGACUAGGUGGUUUAAAUGGUUUUGGUUUACAUGGUCUUGGUUUUAACUCAUACGGUUCUUAUAACCCAUUAUUAGGUGCCGGUAUUGGAUCUUUAUACGGGUUAGGAGCUGCGAAUUGGCUUGGAGGAAAUAACGUUGACCAAAGUCAACAGAAUGUUUAAAAAUGUGAGUGAGACGGAUGGAUGAUAUUUAACGGUUGGAUUGUAAAAUACAUUGAAGGAGCGCAACAUACAUACAUGAGAUGUAUUAUAUAUAUCUAUUAUUUAUUUGUGAAUAAACUCAAUAUUACAGU